GCUUCCCCAUUGCGUUCUACGUCACAGUAUAUACAAUGAAACAUGGUUGACUGUGGGAACUCGAGAUGCAGUCAAGAACGCCGAGCUUUUAGAAAAGAACUGCUGUCGUGGAGCAAGAAAAUACCCCUAGCAGUUGGGCUAGAAAGAAUUGCUGAGGAGUUUGGAGGAAAAGAAAACAUCAAAGAGCUGUUGUUGCCAUUUAAUUGUCUGGAGGAUGGAACGUCACAAGACUGGCAACAGGAACAAAACUGUUUCUUCUGUGAAUCUCGUCUUCAGAAUCUCUUUGAAGCCGUGUCCCAGCUUAUGAAAGAAGCAAAAGAUGGCAAAAGUUUGCAAGAUAAUCCCAGUUUUAGAUAUCUCCAGGAGUUACUACCUUACUGUCCCCAGUUCUACACAGACAGUGUGGGAAGAGAACUACUGGCAGAACUCCGAGCCACAACAACACAGUCCCUGGAAACCAUGGAGACUGAGACAACCACAGGCAGCAGCCCACAGGACUCUAUAGAACUCAAGAUACCUCACAUCGUGACCCAGCCAUGCUCUAAUGCCCCCAAGAAGAAGGAAUCAAAUAGUCUCAACUGUAAAAAAUCUUACACGGAUGAGGAACUUCUGGCAGCUGUGUCAGAGAUUCAGAGUGGAAAACUAGGAACCCGCCGAGCAUCUGUUUUGUAUGGAAUUCCAAGGUCAACGCUUCGCAACAAAAUUUUUAAGAUGGGCAUUGAUAAACAAGAAUCUGUAGCCCAGUCAGCAGAAGUGGAUGACCCAACAGAAAUGGCAGUAAAAUGGACCGACCUUAUUCCGGGAGCCAGCAUAGCAUUGUUGCCUUUCCCUCUACCUUAUGCCAUGGACUGGGGUGCCAACUUAGAACAUCACUAUGAAUCUCAAGAGAAAAAGCUGGAAUAUCUCCGUAAAAAACAUAAUUUGAGUCGUAAAAAAGAGAAAUAUUUUGUUGAGUACUCUCAUGAGCUGAGACUUCCAAUCCUGCAGACUAUCAUUAGGAAGUUGGCAGAGGACAGAAUAGAAAUGGAGCGUAAUGCUUUGAGGGUUCGUCAGCAAGAAGAUUUUCAUGAAAGGAAACUCCUGACCCCAAAAAUAUCACAAAAGAAAGUUAAUGUGGAUGUCUUUACCUCAGAAAGUUCACCAGAUAUCAUUAUACCGUCCUUUCGACCAAUGCAUAAUAAACUGGAGAGCAAGGUUGAAAAUCAUUUCCAAAGUUCACUUGACAAGAUUGAAAAUGCCGCUGUUGGAGAGACAUUAAAAGAUAUAAUUGUGAAGACAAUUUCAGAGAAAGUUAAGUUCAAGUCUCAAGCCCUGUCAGAAUUAUGCCAAGGUUUUGCCAGAAGCAUUGAAUCUGAUGAUAUAUCUCAGUCCAGUUCACCUUCACCUGCGAAGAAAAUGCGCCAUGAAGAUGGUGACAAAAAGAAAUCCCUUGACAAUCCUACCAAGAAAACACGUCCAAAACGUGGUCAAUACAGAAAGUACAACAGCCAAUUGUUGAUGGAAGCUGUAAAAGCAGUUCAGAGAGGCGAGAUGAGUGUCCAUCGCGCAGGGAGUUAUUAUGGAGUUCCCCACUCCACCCUCGAGUACAAAGUCAAAGAGAGGCAUCUUCUAAGACAGAAGAAAAUCAAAGAGCAGAGAGAACAACGGGAGGCUGAACAAGGAUCAACCUCCACAACCACGAAGAAGUUAGCAGAACAUGGGAAAACAAGCUCAGAGAAGAAAGAAACCAGUUCUAAAAAGCAGGAAUCCAAGGAAGAAAAGGUGGUAAAUAAAAAAACAAGUCUGGGGGGAUCAGGAUGGAUUGCCCCAUUUCUUCCAGGAGGAUCUGGACUGGCUAAUCUAGGAGGUCUGUACAACACGUCUGGAUUCGCACUAAACACUCCAGCAUCAGAAUUGUUGCGAAAACUUCAACAUAAAGUGCAAAGUAAAGGAGGGAGUGAUCAGGAGAAUUUUGAGCAGCUUGUAAAACCACCAGCUAUCUCCGAUAGAUUUCUUUAUCUUCAUUGACAGUAAAAUACAUCGAUAUUGAAAAAAGAUUCUGUUUUCAUAGAGGAUGGAGAAAAUUAAUUUGAACGGGAAAAAAUGAAGAAUACUUUAAAAAAAAAAAAAAAGAAUGUAUUGUUAGACCCCAGAAAUUGUCAUUUGGAAGCUACUUCUAGUUGUGAUGCUUUUUGCACCAAUUUAGAUUUAGAUAAAUACAUGCAUCAGUACAUGUACAAUGUUUAUCGUGCAAACAGAAUUUUGAGCCAAUUUUGACAUAUAAUGUAAAGAUAUAGAGCAAUAUAAAUUUCCUUUAUAAAUUCGAAACCAGUUAUUGCACACUUAACAAUUCUCAUUUCCAAAUAUUUUUCAUGUGCACUGAACAGAACAAUGUUUAUAGCAUGAAAGAACAUUACUAAGAAAGAUACUUAUUUCCUAUAGCACAUGAAAAAUAUAAUUAUCAUGUGACCAUUUAGGCUUUCCUAUUUCUAGUGAUGCUGUACCAGAUUGCUCAGGACACACAUUAUUAUUAGUUGCUGAAAAUGAAAGUAGAAUUUAUGUUAGAAGUGCGGAAUACCAUGUGGCUAUAUUUUUAUGGGGUUAUCACCUUGUGCAGUGUAAACUGCAGAUUAAGUUAUACAGAUUGUAUAUUGUGAUGGUGCUUUUUUGCUGCAGAUGAUUAUAUAUUGCAGUUUCUAGUCUGAUGUUUUUGUAUGUUGUCAAUUUUAAUGGAGUAUCGCGUAAUAUCUAUUGGAUAUGUGUUCCUGAUAUCGUUUACUUUCAUAAGUGACAGACCUUUCAUAUUUUGUGCAGUUAUUGCUCAAUGUUGAUUCACUUAAAAUGUGGCUUUAAUUUCUGUCUGUAGUGGCAAUGAGACUGAUUGGUAUGAUAUCAGUCCCAGUAAGCUGCCCUUCUACCUCAGGAGCUUCAUCGGGUUAACCUUUUGGAUUUCUUUGUCUUCUUCUGUACAAUAUUGCUGAAGAUUUAAUGGGAUGUAGGGUAUGAUGAUCAUAGCCAUGCAGAGCUUUUAAUAUUGACAAAGUGCAUUGUUACACCUGCUUCCGUGUUCCUGAUAAUAACAAAAAAAAUUUCAUGACUGGUUUGAUAAUGGCAUUUCUGUAGGUAAAUAUUCUUCUGGGAAAGAAAAAAGAAAAUUAGGAGGAUUCAAAUUGAGUGCCUUUGAAUUUUGAUAACGCAUAAAUUCGUAUGAAAAAUCCACCCCUGGUACAUGGAUGUUAGAUUUGUCAUUUUCAGUCACUAAUGAAAGGAAUAUCAUAAAAGAAUUUUUGAUAGGUUUUGUUUUUCUUGCAAGGCUCAUAGUAAUUGCAUAUGUAAAAACGAAAUUUAAUGAAAAUUGUUUGAAAUUGUGAACUGUUCAUAUUUUCACAAGUGUAUGUUUUCUGUGAGGGAAGUUUUACUAGUUGUGUGUUUUAAUUAUUUGAUUAGUUGUACUAAGAGAGGAAAAUCCUCUUUAAGACUCAUUUUAGUAGCAUGUAUAACAAAUAGUGCUAAAUUCUUAACAUAUUGAUUUAUUUCAAAUCGUGAUGGUACGUUAUUUAUAUGGAUUUUUUUGAGGACUGAGAUUGAUACUGAGAAUCCCUUUAAUGACAAAGAUUGAUACACCAAAGUGGUUAUCCGGGAAUGAAUGAUCCAGUGUGCAAACACUUCAUUGUGGAAAAUUCUGCCAUCUGCAAAUGAAAUGGAUGAGAUAAAAAUGACAACGCUAGGUAGAGAUUGAAUUGACACCCCCCCCCCCCCCCCCCCCCCCUACAACUGUUUUACAAAUAAGAAAGAUGUAAAGGGGGAUAAGAAACAUCAAAUUUUAUUUUUUCCAAAGAAUGUAACUAGUCAGAUUUUAUGAUUAUUUAUAUUUACAAUAGUGCAAUAUUUUUUUUUUUGUUACUGUCAUAUGUUUGACUGAUUUCUAUUUAAUUUGUUUUUAUUUUUUUACCUAAUUUUUCCUCCUAAUGUUAUUUUAUUAUUAUUUAUUAUGUAUUGAAUCAUUUGUCUGUUCGGAUAUGCUUCAUGUGGUAUACAUAAGGUGGAAGGAUAAAAAUGUACCUGCUUAAUAUUUCAGUACAAAAUGUGUUCAAAUCGACAGUCUUGCUACAGAUAUAUCAGAUUUAUAUGUGAAUCCAAUAGUUUGCUCAGUCAGAUUGUUCGUGUUCAUCCAAAAUAACUACUUUUCGUAUGAUUAUUGAGUUAUAACUACUUUUCAUGUGAUUAUUGAGUUAUAACUACUUUUCAUGUGAUUAUUGAGUUAUUGCAUUAUUGUGCAAUGGUUCAGUGUGAUUACAUAAAAUUGAAUGUUUUGUAAAGAGUUUAAGUGUCUGUAAUUAUAUUUCCGAAUUUUAUCAAAUCAUUAAGGCUGUGAUGCUGAUUGAUUAGACCCUCUCUGAUUCAUGUAAGAUGUUUGAUCUGAGUGACACGUUGGAUUCAGGAGCAGAUACAAGCUCUAAUUUGAUGAAGGAGAAUAAGGACUGAUACCUUGGUCAAAUAUCCAUUUCCCCAUAUUGGGGGAAUUACCGUUCUGUUUCUUCAGCUAAAAACUAUAUGAACAAGAAUGACUGUUUAUUCUUAAUGCAAGGCUAUUUUACGCCUAUGUAUACUUUUUGAUAUUUUUGUGAGUGGUGUAGAUUUAUUGAACAGGCACGUAGCAAUUUCAGACAAUUGUGAAGUAAACAUCUCUGACCCCCUCCCACCCCUUUAGCUUUGAAAAUAUUAUGCUACAUGCCUGUUGAACAUUUGUGAAUAUGAGGGGGGAAAUUUACUAUGAUUUGCCUUUAAUGUAAACUUGCUUUCUGAUACUUUUUAAGUGUUGAUAAAGAAUUUCUACUGUAUUUUAGCUUAAUUGAGUAUAUAUUUAACCCUUAUUCAAUGCUAAACUUUUUUAGAUAGAAAACAAUCGUGUCAUGUUCAAUCCCCCUGUGGAACUCCCUCUGUAUUUUUGAUGGACUUUGCUAAGUUUUCUUUACAUGUGCCUUUAUUGUUUUCAUAUACAUGUCUCGUACAUUCCGUAUUUUUGUUUGUCAAAAUAUUUAAUGAAAGUUUAUGUCUUCAAUAAAAUUAAGAAUUGUUAA